AUGGCCAACGGUUCCUAUAUCUACGACGGCUAUCUAUACGAAGUCUGGAAGAUAGUCGCUCAGUCUCUGAACCUCCGCUACAAGCUAGUGCCUCUUCUGGAAGGAGAUUUCGGAAGGCUGGAUGAAAACGGAACAUGGACUGGAAUGGUGGGAGAACUUGCCUACGGGAGGGCCGAUGUCGCGCUUGCAUGGCUCUGGAUGAGGAAGGACCGUCUAGAAGUGAUUGAUUACCUGGAUGUGCCCGUUGAGCAGAGUACCGAUCGCUUCUACAUCAGCAAGAAGGCAGGCGACGUGCCCAGUUUCACGGUCAACAUGUUCAACUCGCUGCUGAAGCCCCUGGACAGGAACGUCUGGUGGGUACUGGUCGGCACACUUUUCGUUCUUUCUCUGGCGCUGAAAGGGACCGCCAGUCUCAGCGGAGGAGAAAAUCGUCAAACCUUGAAAGGCAUGACUUGGGCGACGUGUCUCCUGAACACAGUCAUGGCGAUAGCGGGACAGGGAUGGACAUCGACACCCUCGUCUCUCUCCGGCCGCAUACUGACCAUUUUCAUGUGGUUUCUGUGCAUCAUCAUCAGCAACAGCUACACGGCCACCCUGACCUCCCACCUGACUGUGGCAGUCGUGGAACGACCGAUCGACAGUCUGAAGGAAUUCUCCGAGAGUUCCGACUGGAGUCUGAUGGUAUCUCCCGAUCACAUCCAUCUCAACGAUUGGAAAAGAAGCAAAGACCGCUAUGAGAGGGCCCUGUACCAGCGCUUCAUCAGCAAAGAUCGCUUCAUUCCGUUCUACAGAACCAAAGAAAGCGCCAUGGAAUGUACACGUCCCAAGAUUAUGACCUAUGUGAACAUCGACAGGUUAUUUUCUUUGAUAGGACCCGAAGCGUGCCAUCUAGUAUCACUCUACAAACAACCCAAAGAGGCGACCCAGCUCAACUACAUGGUGAUGACAAAAGGAAAAGAGAACUUACGACGCUCCAUCAACCACGUGAUGAGAAAAGUCAGCGAGGCAGGCAUCAUCGAAACGCUGAAAAGAAGAUGGAUCAAGCGACCAGAGACGUGUGCGUCCCCACUGGAUGUCAGGCCCGUCUCCUUCGCCAACUCGUUCGCGCUUUUGAUGAUCGUCCCUCUGGGCAUUGCCUCCAGUGUCGUCAUUUUUGGACUGGAGCUGGUGUUGCCGAGCAGUCCGCGGAGCAUCCUGCAGCCCUGCGUCAUCAUGAUGACGUCUCCACCACCGUUGGGCGGUGCGGUAGUGGCCUCCCACCACCGCUGGACGGUGCGGCAGCGGCAUCCGACCACCGCUGGACGGUGCGGCAGCGGCAUCCCACCACCCAGGCAGCUGCGGCGGCGCUAUACCCCUGCUGCAUGA